UCCUUCCAUCUUCUCCCCUCACAUCUCCCAUCCCCAAUUGCGGUCUUGUUUCAUCGCUCCCUUCUCCCCUCUGCCGUCUGCUUUCUCUCUUCUUCAUCCCAUCUUCCUUGCACAUCACAUCAUGUUCGCCGCACGCGCUGCACGCCAGACCUUUGGUCUUUUCCAGAAGCGGGCUUUCUCCGCCUCUUCCAGCCAGCUCUCCAAGGUUGCCGUCCUUGGUGCCGCUGGUGGCAUUGGCCAGCCUCUCUCUCUGCUUCUCAAGCUCAACCCCCAUGUCACUGAGCUCGCUCUCUACGACAUCCGCGGCGGACCCGGUGUCGCUGCUGACUUGAGCCACAUCAACACCAACAGCACUGUCACUGGCUACGAGCCCACUCCCACCGGCCUCAGCGAGGCCCUCAAGGGCUCUGAGAUCGUCCUCAUCCCUGCCGGUGUCCCCCGUAAGCCUGGCAUGACUCGUGACGACCUUUUCAACACCAACGCCUCUAUUGUCCGUGACCUCGCCAAGGCUGUCGCUGACGCCUCCCCCGAGGCUAAGAUCCUCGUUAUCUCCAACCCAGUCAACUCCACCGUCCCCAUUGUUUCCGAGGUCUUCAAGUCCAAGGGUGUCUACAACCCUAAGCGUCUCUUCGGGGUCACCACCCUCGAUGUUGUCCGUGCUUCCCGCUUCAUCUCCCAGGUCAAGGGCACCGACCCUGCCAAUGAGGCCGUUCCUGUCGUUGGUGGUCACUCUGGCGUGACCAUUGUUCCUCUGCUCUCCCAGUCUAACCACCCCAGCCUCGACGGUGAGGCCCGUGACAAGCUGGUCCACCGCAUCCAGUUCGGUGGUGAUGAGGUCGUCAAGGCCAAGGAUGGCGCUGGUUCCGCCACUCUCUCCAUGGCCUUCGCCGGUGCUCGCUUUGCCGAGUCCCUGCUCAAGGCUGCCAAGGGCGAGAAGGGCGUUGUCGAACCCACUUUCGUUGACAGCCCUCUCUACAAGGACCAGGGUGUUGAGUUCUUCGCCUCCCGUGUUGAGCUUGGCCCCAACGGUGUUGAGAAGAUCCUCGACGUUGGCAAGCUCCCCGAGUACGAGGAGAAGCUCCUCGAGGCCUCUCUUGAUGGCCUGAAGAAGAACAUCCAGAAGGGUAUCGACUUCGUCAAGGCCAACCCUUAAAUUUCCACUUCGAGCGGUUCUGUAGCUAGACCCUUUGUAUAGAAUUGCAGGGUCGUCCUAUGCUUGUUCUUUCCACUUUCAAUCCCGUCAAUGGAUGGAGCAUGCAAGUCAUGAUGGUGAUGGGAGACAUGUAUUUUUUAUAAAUCGAACGAAAUUUCACUUCGUACUUGGG